AUCUCAAAUCGAGCGAGUUGUUCGUCACCCUUCGUGCUGUGAACAUCAGUGUUGUGUAGCUCUUCGUUUAAGGAAAAUUAAAUUAAAAAAAAUUAUUAAUUCAUACUAUUUUUCAUAUCACUUAAACUGAUUUAAGUGCGAUUCAAUCUAAUCUAGGUGAAAAAAUGACUGACGUGGAAAUGAAACCUGCUGAAAAAAAUACCGAAAAUGAGACAGAAGCACCAAAACCCGACAAUGAACAUCAACGUAAAUUGAACGUAGGUAAUUUGCCUUGGGAUGUGACUGAGCAACAGCUCCGUGACCAUUUUAGUGAUUUUGAUAUCGAAAAUGUGGAAAUCUUCCAUUAUCGUAAGUACACGCUAGCUAUGCUCCUUUUCAAGGAUAAGGAGGUAGCUACCAAGGCUCUUGCUGAAAAAGAAGGGUCAUUUCUGCGUGAACGGCGUCUUCGCAUGCAUCUAGAAUAUAUCACUAUCCGUCACAUUCGGCGUGAUACCUUUGUUAUUGUUGUCGAUGACGAAAAUGCAACGGAGGAGCAACUUUGGGAUAAGGUUAAAGAAGCGGGCGUUGAACCUACUUCGAUUUUGCUGUUUUAUCCCCUUUGUUACAUUUGCCCGGAAAAGGAUUCGGACAAGGCAGCCAUCUUGGAAACGCUGAAAGCAGCUGGCUUCAAUGCGCAUGAUGUUAAUCAACGAGACCAAAAUCAGCACCUUGAUAUUUGGCGUGCGGCAAAGCUUUUCUUCCGUAACCGUAACCGCGUUCAAUUACUUAACAUACCAAACAAGUGGAUUGAAGAUAAAGAAGAGAUGAAGAAACAAUGUGCUGAAGGUGGUACCAUAACCGAAGCUGUUUCAAAUAAUAUGAGCCAGAACGCCUCAAAUUAUGCUCGUAUUUUUUACGAAACUGAAGAGCAGGCAGUCAAAGCUGCUGAAGCUUUGAAUGGACGCGUUUUUGAAGAUAAACGAAUUCAUGCUUUACAUCUCGGAUCGGCAUUGAUUCCAAAUUAUAAAACAUCUGUUUAUGUAACAUCUCUGGACAAAACUACUACCGAAGAGCAAGUGUAUGAUCACUUCAAACAGUUUGGUGAUAUCGAUUUUGUCAAUCGCCGUAAUUGUAUUGACGCAGCUAUAGUUUGUUUUAAGUCUGCUGAUUCCGUUGAAAAAGCACUUGCUUGCACCACUUUUCCUGCUGCGACAGAGGAAAAUAAGGAAGCUACUAAAGAAGUUACGGUGAAAAAAUAUGAUGGACCGCUGGUGCUUCGCCCACAAGCACAAAAACGUAAAUUGAAAACUAACGAGGAUGGUAAACCAGUUGAACCUGAAGAAAAAACUAAGGAACAGUUAGCCGUACUCAAGAAAUUGGAAGCCUUUUAUCCCGUUUUUGUCGGAAACGUACCUUUCAACUGUCCGCCACUGGAUUUGAAACGUUAUUUCGCACAACAUGGACCAAUCAAGUUUAUGUUUUCACCUCAAAUUCUUCCCUAUCGAACCAGUGCACCACACCCAGUAAAGACAUUCAUUAUUUAUUACACUUUCGCUGACAGCGCUGAUAACGCGUGCCAGUUUUUGGAUCAUAAAUUUUUUGGCGGACACCGUUUGCAUGUACUACCAUUGAGAGGAGAAGAGUUUUUCAAUGAGGAGAAAACAUUAAAACUAACAAAAAUUCCUUAUCUGUCGGAGGAUGCAUUAUUCAAAAAAAUCAAGCCUUUCGUUGGUAAGAUUAAUCGCAUUGUUAAGAAAUCGCGAUUAGUUGCUUACAUUGAGCUCAAUGAUCCGGCCGAUGCUGAGAAAUUGUUGAACGUGGAAACCCCAAACCAUCCUUUUCCUAAAGGUAGAGUAGAAAGGAUUGAUGAACCAGUCAAUAUGCGUCUCUAUGAUGAAGAUGAUACUCGUGUGCUAAACGGCAUCGCCAAGAUUAUUUCUCAAAAUCCAGACAUGCUUAAGAAGACUCCAAUGAAUCAAGGAGGCCCCAUGAACAAACGUCCACGCCUCAAUGGACCUGGUUUUAAUCAAGGCCCUGGUGGCUUCAAUCCCAAUAACAAUCUGAACAAUCCCCAAGCUAUUCAAGACUUGUUGCGUCUCGCGUUCAUGUCUGGCAAGAACGUUGGCGAGAGUCUGGCUUCUAACCAGAACUCGUUCAACGAUCCCGAUCCACCAAUCGCAAAUUCAAACAACUUUGGCGACGGUGGUUUCGGCAAUCGUAAUCGUAAUAACCAAGGCGGUCCAGGAAAUUUCCGUGGCCAAGGAAGAAACAUGAACCAGAAUCAAAAUCAGAAUCGUGGCAAUGCCAACAAUAGCUUUGGUAACAAUAACGCUGGUGGUAACUUCCAAAAUGCCCCCGGGCUGAAUCAAAACCGUGGUGGUCAAAAUAUGGCUAACCGUGCCAAUCAACCAAUCAACCAGAAUCGUGGUGCUAAUGUUGACGGUGGUAACGUAAAUCAGAACCGUACAAACCAAAACCCAAAUCAGGGAAACCGCGUUCAACAAAGUAACCUUGGAGUUGGUAGCAUCGUGAAUCAGAAUAGGAACCAAGGUGGCGGAAAUUUUAACCGCAACCCGAAUCAAAAUCGUAAUCAAAAUAAUCGCAACAAUAACUUCGACAAUGACACCUUUGGAGGUGGUAACAACUUUGGCAAUAAUCGUAACAAUUUUGCCAGCGAUAAUUUUAGCGACAACUUUAGUAAUAAUCGUAGCAACGAUAACUUCUCAAGCGGCAACAACCGUAACUUCGGCGGUAACCGCAACCAGAACGAUAAUUUUAACUCGUUCGGUGGCGGAAAUAAUAGCGGCAGUAGUGGCAAUAACCGAUUUGGCGGUAGCAAUCAGUUCAGUGGUAACUUUAAUAAUCGAAACCAGAAUAGUAAUUUCGAUGAUGAUAAUAGCAACGGAAACUUUGGUGGCAACAAGGGAAAUAACUUCAACCAAAAUCGUCCGAAUAAACCAUUUAAUACUGGCAACCAGGGAGGUGGUAUGUCCUUUGGUGAAUUUAAUACGAAUACUGGCCGAAAUUUUGGCGGUGGUAAUUCUAAUAACAGUGGCGGUUUCAACUCCGGUAAUGCUGGUAAUAAAUGGAAUAAUUCUAAUUCCCAAAAUUCAAAUACGGGCAGCCGCCUCGCUGGUAGCAUUUUUAGCCGCCGUUUUUAAAAUGGUGUGCAUGCAGAAAAAAAUGUGAAGAAAUUAAGUAUUUACAAGAAAUUAUAAUCUUGUAUGUGUCAGGACAGCUCCCUUCCUUUUUCCCUCUUCAUAGUUGGGAAUAUCUUUAAUAAGGAAGUGGAUUUUUAGGCAUAGAGAAAUUAAUGUAUGAUACUCUUCAGCGUAUUUGCAACUUCUACUCUACAAGUUACGAAAUAUCAAGAGAUAAGAAUCAUUUGAUGCUUUUAUUUUAGAAAACGUUGACUAGUACGGUCGAAUUACGUAAAUUUAAAUCUCAAACUAUUAUCGGCAUUGAAGCUGUAUAUGCAAACACUUGAAGUAAAUAACGAAAUAAAACAAACAACCGGUCAGUUAGGUUCCGGUAAAACAGAAGUAUUUAUUUAUUUUAAACAAUGUUUAGGAUUGUAAGCUGAAAAACAUGUUUUGAUUGUAAUUGAGUAAAUCGAUUUGUAACGAUAAUAAUUAGAUCAGUUUUAAAACUUUAUUUGGAAUCAACCUUCAAUAAAUACAUAUAUCCAGAAAAUAAUAGAGUAAUCUUUUCAUCUAAUUCAGUUUGUUGGAUAAGUGAAUUAUCUAGCAACAACAAUUAGACAGUACUAUUUCAUGAACAAUAUGCUGACAAAUUGAUAUUGAUAAAGAACUAUAUGCUUCAUUCAAAAAUGUAUGAAUAUUAUUAGCAUCACAUUUGCAUGUGAUGGAUACAUCUAUAGUAAACACUUCAAAUGAAAUAAUUUUAGUGUGAAUCUGAAAUAAAAUGUGAAACACUGAAAAAACAAUUGCUUUGUUUUCAUUAAGCUAUUCAAUUAUAAUUAGUAGUCGUAUAUUUGCGAUUGCUAGUUUCGUGUAGAAUAAUUAGUAGCACGUGAAAAUGAUAGAAAAAAUCCUAAAUAUUUCAAGGUAGAAAAAGUGCUGCUACAAAUUUAAUCAAUAGUGGAGUGCAUGUCAAAUUCGCGAAAAAAAAUUGUUUUUUUUUCGCAAUUGAGCAACUGUUACCAAUUUAGACCCAAAUGAUUAUCCGAAAUAAAAAACCGUUUUAGCAAAUUUUAUUGGUCGUAUGUCACCGGCUUCUUUGAGAUGGUCGGCAUUACCAUUUGUAAUAGUGAAAACUGGUUGCUUUUUGCGGUGAUGUUAGUUGAUAAUUUAAAUACCGCAUAACAAGAAUUCUGUUGGGUUUUAAUUUACUUGCAUUUACUUGUUAUUGAAAUAAUAUUAAAAUUUUAUUCUGCUUCAAAUGGCUGAAAACAAUGCGUACGCGUUUGCAACGACAAAGUUUAUCAAUAUAUGCUCGUUUUGUUUGUGGUUGUUCUACUGUAUUUCCGUUAGUUAAAAUGAUGUUGCCUGUUUAAUGUUUGGUUAUUUUCAUUUCAUUCCAAUAUAUCGUAGUCAUGUUGAUCUCAUGGAUAUGAAACCUUAAAGAUAAAGUCAUUACGCUCAUUGUUAUACACGAUUACUUACGUUAUUUGAUUUCACUUAUUCACGUACGAAAGUAUCGAAGAUUUGGAUUCCCGUUUUUGUUCGAAUCGAUUUGAACGUUCGAACACUGCCUCUUCAUUUAACUUAUUCAAUCAUGGAAAUAGCGUUUUUCAAAUCGUUCGAUUCUGUUUUUUUCAGCUAACCAGUUUAAAUUCAUCUUGGUUCGAAAAUUUAACUAAACAUGUUAGUAUUUAAAUUAGAAUGAUGAUUUUUUUUCCAUAAAGGAAACUAUCAUGAAACUCGUCGAAUCGAGUUCAUGGGGUUUGUUCAAUAUUAAGAUUGGGAGUGGAAUUAUUCUAUAUUAGUUGCAAGUUUAUGACGACAUCCUAGUCGCACAUUAGCACAUUAAAGAUAUUUACAGUGAAAGAUUUUUUUUAUCAAAAUAAAAUUUUUAAAUGUCAGCGAUCAGCAGCACCUUCUUUUUCCUUGACUUAUGUUGACUAUGAUACAUUGUUAAAAUUUCCUUUUUGCACUUUAUCAAUCUUACAAUUUAUUAACUAUUUUUUCUGUACAUUGAUUUUUUUAUUCUUAGAUUUUUGAUACCCUGAUGAGUUUUUUUAAAUUUCUUUUGCUAAUGUUUUAAGUUAUAAAGUAGGCAAUGUAUGUGAUUUUUUCGAGGAUGCUAAUAAUGCUCGUCCAGACGGGACACGAACCCGCAAUCUCCGAUCCAUUGCUAAUGUUUUUGUAACCAGUUUCAUGUUAUUGUUGACAACUACUUUCCAAUUCACCCAUUUGUUGUGUUCAAUAGUGAAUGAUAUAACGAACUUUUUUGUAAUAAUUUGUGUACACAUAUUCACACGUUUCAAUGUGUAGUGUGCAGGGAUAGUAUUUGAAACAAUGUUUUAGGACUCGUAAGUAAUGUACGUCGAAAAAUGUAUUCUGCGUUUUCACCAGUCGAAAACCUCGUGUAUGGCGAAAAUUUCAAAACACUUGAAAAUUGAUAAGCAUGCAGGGGUGGCAUUGCGCAGCUCGAUUCGAACGAUUUUCGAGUAGGUCACAUACUGCCAGGUAUGCUUUAAGCUUAAAAGGUGCUGUCAUUGUCAUUUGCCCUGCGGCUCAUCUAACCCGCAAAGUCGAAAAAAAUACGAAAACCGAAACAUAACGCCCCCAGGGAUCAUUUAGUUUUGUUCGAGUUGCUCGAAACGAAAUGCGCAAUGUCACCCCAGUUGUUACGUUAAGAUAAAAAUUAUAUUUUAAUAGGGUAUCGGCUCUAUUAUCGUCAAGGGGGUAAAUGAUGUCCAAGAUCGUUAAUUUCUUGCAUGAUGGUUCUUCAUAAUGCAGAAUACCUCUCUGCAGAAUAUUAGUUAGUAUACCUAAAUUUGGUUUAUCCAGGGCUAGUUGGGCGUAGAGUUACAUAGGAAUUGCUGUUCAACUUUGCCUCACGGUACUUGUUCGCUAUCGGUCUCGUGGUGAUAUUAAGCUUUAGAAGGAGUUUAGCUCCCACUUGGUGCUGCACUAUCAAGCAACACGACUCCAAAGAAAACUUUGCUACCAUCAGCGCCGUUAUACGGGACUAUCACCCUCUGUGGGAGUAAAAGCCACAUUCUAGUUGAACUUGAAUCUGGACCCGCUGAUUAUGGUAGAUGACAAAAUUUCCAGUACACGGAACCAGGCAGUCACCGCACCGGGCGUCGCUUCUACGCGCUAAGCUCCUCCCGUUUCGCUCGCAGGUACUCGAGGAAUCCUUGUUAGUUUAUUUUCCUCUCCUUAUUAAUAUGCUUGAAUUUAGGGGGUAGUCAUACAGAGAGAGAGAGAGAGAGAGAUAGACGAUGAAAAAAACCAACUUGGCAACUGGGUUUCACAUAUCAAAAAUACCAGAUCUCUUCUCAAAGCGCAAUGUCGCCUAACGUUUUCACUCGACUUGCAUAAUCGGUGGUGACGAUGGAAGUCCUGGGGAAUACUAAUAUGCAUCGCAAAAACCGUGAAGGUGUUAAGUUCUAUGUUUUUGUUUAAUUUUAUACACUUUAACUACAAUUGAUCAUUAUUUUGUUAGCCUUACAGGAGGUUCGUGAACCUUCGAUUUUUUUUCUCUAUAUAAAGUCAUCACCGCGACUAGAGACAUUCGACGUCGCUUCUACGCGCUAAGCUCCUCCCGUUUCGCUCGCAGGUACUCGAGGAAUCCUUGUUAGUUUAUUUUCCUCUCCUUAUUAAUAUGCUUGAAUUUAGGGGGUAGUCAUACAGAGAGAGAGAGAGAGAGAGAUAGACGAUGAAAAAAACCAACUUGGCAACUGGGUUUCACAUAUCAAAAAUACCAGAUCUCUUCUCAAAGCGCAAUGUCGCCUAACGUUUUCACUCGACUCGCAUAAUCGGUGGUGACGAUGGAAGUCCUGGGGAAUACUAAUAUGCAUCGCAAAAACCGUGAAGGUGUUAAGUUCUAUGUUUUUGUUUAAUUUUAUACACUUUAACUACAAUUGAUCAUUAUUUUGUUAGCCUUACAGGAGGUUCGUGAACCUUCGCUUUUUUUUCUCUAUAUAAAGUCAUCACCGCGACUAGAGACAUUUGAUCUAUUGUGAUAUUGCCCAGGUGUUUUCUGUACUCCGCACUUCAUAUAAUUGACAGCAUCACUAUUGAAGUAAAAAUGAUACGCUUGUUAUUCAUAUCCGUGCUUGUGAGUACUUAUUAUUACCCUUUCCGUUUCAAGCUUACUGCUCUACUAUACCGAGCCUGGCCAGGUGACUUCUAAGAGGGACUUUAUUAUGUCAAGAGGAAGGAGUCUUAUCGAAACCUCGUUCCCCGUGCCAAUAUCGCCAAUUACAAUUCCCUGGAGAGAAUAAAAAUAUUCUUGAGAUCAGUUUUAUCAUAAGAAGGAGUUAUUUUGUCAAGAGGAAGGAGAGUCUUAUCGAAACCUCGCUCCUCCAGCCAAGGCCGCGCCAUAAUUACAAUUCCCUGAAGAGAACUAUUAUACGUUACUCAAACUAGUUUUCUUAUAAGAGGGACUUAUUUUUGUUAGGAUGAAAGUCAUCAGGGGUACUAUACAAUUCAGCUUGAAGGAAAGGUAUAUGGAGUGGGGAGCCUGAGAGUAAACCCAUGUUAAAGUCCUUUGACAACCAAGUGGCCUGACCCUAUUAAGAUUCGAACUCCUGACCACCCGCUUAUCCACGCGGAUUCUGUAACCUUGCGGCUAUGAAGUUCCCCGGUCCUCCGCUUGAAAAUCACUAAUAAUACAAUUUUUAAGCUCUCUUAAUUCAUUGUUUGGCAAUAGAACAAAAAAAAAACGUAUGCAAAUAAACACGUCCUAUAUUGUACCCAAGGAGAUGGCAGUCCUAUCUAGUAGCGAACCUAUACAUUAGAGAAAUGACAAGACACUCACCGUUAAGGCAACUGUCAACAUCAAAACGGGUAACGGCAAUGCAAAUUUAUACAGCUCGCCCGUUUUGAUGUUGACAGUUGCCUUAACGGUGAGUGUCUUGUCAUUUCUCUAAUGUAUAGGUUCGCUACUAUCUAGAGAUCCUCAGAGGGAGAGAUAAGCGAUAAAAAUAAUCGCUGAUUUGGCAACUAGGUUUCACAUAUCAGAGGUGCCAUAUCUCUUCUCAAAGCGCAAUGUUCACUAACUUUUUUAUUCGGCUCGUAUAACUGAUGGUGAGAGUGGAAGUCCUGGGGAAUAAUAAAGUGCAUCACAAAAACCGUGAAGGUGUUAAAUUUUAUGUUUAUGAUUAAUUUUAUAUACUUUCAUCAUUAUUCUGUAGACCAUACAAAGGGUUUGUGAACAACCAGUUAAAAAAUGACUGUGAUGAAGCAACUUCGGAGCAUUCUCAAUUCAUGUUUUAGCAAUAAAACAUGAAAAACGUGUAAAAAUAGAUAUAUUCUUUAUUGAACCUUAUUGCAAUACCUUUCAAUGUGUUGAAAGGUUCAUGUUCGUUUGGCUCGAAUUUUGACUUGUUCGUUUGGCUCACAACUCUCUCUUCGCAUAUCUCUCCCUCUGAGUAUUGCUAGUCCUAUCAAAAUGCUACACGUUUGACAGUAGGCAACAUAUCUGGGCUUUAGUUAAAAAUAAAGCCCCGAGGCAGGCGCCCAGUAAAUGUUCCAAAUACUUUUCACUUUAAUCGGGAAGACUCUUCACUCAUUCAACAUAGAAAGAGAUAGCAUGUUGCCAUCCCCCUGAUUGUACCUGAUUGCAAUACCUCUCAAUGUGUUGUUAUCUUUCUUGUUCGUUUGGUUUUGAUUUUGACAGUUCGUUUGCUUCACAACAUUCUUUCCGCCUAUCUCUCUCUGAGUACUGUUAGUAGCGUCAGGGAUUUGUCACUAUUUCAAAGUUACUUUUAUCAUCUAUCGCAAACUAAAAUUAAAAAUAAAUUUUGAGUUAUUAAAAGUUACUAUGUCGGUCAAAAGACGCUAAAGUAGACUUGUGGGCCGAUAUUAUCGGCGGCGGCGCGUAUCGGCGUGCUAUUCGCACCACUUCUAAAUUAUUGCGUAUAAUGUGUGCGUUUGUACUUUUAUAUACAGAUACAAUCAGAAUUAACAAAACAUGUCAGGAUGGAGAGCAAAAACGUCUUUGUAAGCUUGACAGAAUGCUAACAAUGGAAAAUUAUAAAAAAUCUGCAAACAACAUUGAAUGCUGAAUGCCCGGAAAAUCGUUCAGAUUGUAGUUAAAAGAUAGUUUAAAUGCUUUGUUACGUAUUCCUUCUUUGCCUUUUCGACAUUUAUAUUAGGGGUCUUCACAUCGAGCUCGUAUACGAAUACCCAGCCGUAAACUGCGUAUCUUCCAUUACUCGCCAAUGGAGGUGAGUAUUUUUACGGCUGGGUAUUUGUUUACGAGCUCGACAUGAAUACCCAUAUUAUCUUACUAUAAUAUACAAUAAAAGAAAAUUCGAUAGUUCAUCGAAGUUAUAGAACAUAAGGAUGAGUUCUGUGAAGAUGAAAUAUGGCUAUUUUUGAUUUCUAUUAGAUUUUCAUUUUUUUUAUUCAGAAUCUGGUAAGAUUAGUCUAGAAAAAGAUCAUUAGAUACUCAAAAAAUUUACAUCAAAGUUGAAGGUGCUUGAAUGUUCUUAUAGAAAAAAAUUUCAUCUUUCCUUUUUUCGACAAUUCAAAUGUUCAAAAAUUAAGAUAGCUUACACUCAUCGGCUGUGAUUCGCGGUAUCUCUAGAAUUAGGAAAAAAUCUCGCACACACAAUCAUCGGUGCGCAAAAAAAAAAUCCUCCACGGCGCACAGAUCUACAUUUAAGUUACUAUUUUACGACAAAAUUAGCACUAAAGUCACUAUUUUAGUUCUAAAUAACUAUUGGUGUAUUAAAACAUAUCGUCGGUUUCGUGCAACACUGGCACAACUCAAAAAUCAUAGUUUCGAGAAAACGCACUUGAAAAUUAACGUCGAGAAUUUAUUUUUCAAUUUUCAAGAAAACUUUAAAGUUUACGAUUUCCAAACCUUAUCUACCACUUUGAAGUCUCUUAUGCACAUAUUAUGAGCACGUUGUACAAGGUAAAACCUUACUUUUACUAACUUUAUAUCGAAAUUUUGAUUUGUGCAGCAAAGGCACUUCUUCUCAUAACUCUGUGUUCAGGUUAGGCAUAAAAUUCUAAACAAUUGCUUAGAAUUCAGCAGUGAACGCACUCUGCGUUGAGGCCCAUUUUUGUGUAGACUACACCUUGCACACACACUGGUAGGAAUUGGGCAAUAUUUAUAGAGUGGUUCCGCUGGCAGUAGUUGAGUUGCAAUAAAAUUGUCGGAUUAAGUGGAUCGCCUGAAAUAAAGGUCAAAGUUAAUAAAUUUGAAUUGAAAGUUGAGUGAGUCUAAAACUACUCACCGGUGUAAUCACUUACCCGAAGAAAGUGCCCCUCUGGAUCAUCUGCUGCGGCUUGCUGGUUGCUGUUAGUUGCUGUUCUGCUGUCUGCUGCUGGCCUUGCUUGUUGGUGCACCGAUCGACGGAGUCUCGAUCAACCGCACAUUCAUUGGAUAGUUUGGCAGGUAUUUUUGAGCUGCGAUCUGGACGUUAAUCGCAACACUCUGUUUUUUUUUGGGAAUUUUAAAACGUAGUUUCGUUGGAUGAAACCUAACAAUAUUUGGCCUCGUUUGCCAUCAAAAACUCAAAAGUGAAAAAAUUUGAGUUGUUCCAGUGUUGCACGGGACCGACGAAAUAUUGGAAUAGUGCUUUUCAUUUAUCGAAUGUUUAGACAGUUCGAUUAGGCCUUUCGUUGACCUUAUUUUUUUUGCCAUGAUAUAUAUUUCCGAUUCUCCCAUUGGAGUGUCAUAAAUCGACUUUACUCUCCUAUUUCACUUGAUUGAAGAGGAGUGAAAAAAUGCGAUGUUAUAUUCUGCAUCGUCGUGCUUGGGUCUCCAUAGGAUGCUGUGCAAGUGAGAGUUCCACAUCUGUAAAUAAAUCAAAUAAAUGCAUUUAAAAUCCGUACAUAAUUACAACCAUUUCAAUGUGAAAUAAUGGUAAAGAAUUUACUUCGAGAAUCCGUCAUUUUGCAUCCUAUGUUUUAUACACAUGUUUCAAAAAAAAGUUACACACAAAAUUUCAAGCCACUUUUUAUUGAAAAAAGUCGCUGAAGUCAUUAUUAUUUUACUCCGAGCUUGCUACUAGCUCUGUUUAUUAUUCAUGUUAUUCAACAAAGUCAUCUUUUGGAGGUUUUCGACUCGUUCACGCAGAGGUAGAAUACUCGUUUAUGAUUAGUUUUGAGUAGUUAAUACCGAACCGCCGAAAACAUGUCGCUAUUCGACAUGGAUUUUUAGACACGCCAUUCCUGGUAGUGUGCGUCUUAUUCAGAGCUCGUUUAGUUAUAUACUUGGCAACCUUAAAGAACCGGAAAUGAUAUGUGUACAGAAUGAAAGCUUAUGAUUUUGUUGUUAAUGAAUAUAAGAUUUUCGAAUUGUUUGAAGCUUAUCAUUUCCGACACACACACACACACAGAGCCAAUGUUUUUCUUAACCCUUGUUUAGAUUAACCUGAACUUUAAUUUAAAGCAUUUGAAUUUAUCACCAUUUCGACAGUACACCCAGAACAUUUUUUUUUUGUAAUACUUAAAAAGGUUUUUUUUGCAUUAAAUAACGGUCAAUAAAGAUUUUUUAUAUAUUUUUUUAAGGAUACUUUCUGAUUAAUUGUUCACAUACUCAAAUUUUGAUCUGCUUUUAGCACCACGAGAAGCGACAUAGGUAUUGCAACGUAGUUAUGGUAAAGUAUUUGUUAUCGUAAGAUAGGUUAAUUAUAUUGUAAGCGUUGAUUCAAUUCGACGCCUUUUGAGAAUCCACCGUUACGCUUUAAUUACGUUGUAUUCUAUAGUAAAACCGACUACCGAAAUAUAGCGUUAAGUGUCGUUAGUAGUAGAUCCGACUGUCGAUAUAAGUACAGAUGUCUUCAAAUAAUGCAUCCUACCUGAAUCAAUUGUUUGGCUUGGUGUAAAUGAUAAAUGGAUUUUGUCGUGAACGUUUUCUUAUAGUUAAUCCUUUUUUCUAUUGUGCUAUUGGCAAACUAUUCGAAAUUAAAACAGAUACUUUCGAUGAUGAACGAUAUUAUCAGUCGAUCACACCUACGCCAGCUCUUCCAGUGCCUGUCACAAUACAGGCCGUAGCUCCGGCAACUGCCGCUACAACUGUCAUUACAAGCGACAAUACCUUCCAAUCCGAGUACAUCCCAGUUCCAAGAGACGAACGAUACGAAUUUCCGGGUUUGAUGCCACGUGACACUCGCAUGUACGAAACAAGUUUGGUAGCAGCAACAGAUAAUAUCUCUAACCCUGUUCCAUUGUAUCGGGAUGAACGACACUAUUAUCCGGUUAGCACUAUUACUAGCUCCUACAUCUUGGAUAAUCGACAAUACGAGCAAGCGAUCAAUUCACCUCCUAUGAUGCAUGAUCGACUUUAUCAACCAACAACGCACACUAUUACUAGUGGUAUGCUUUACAAUGAACGACAUUACGAAGCAGCUACUAAUUCGAUCGGUAGCUUGUCAAGUCUUGCAAACACUAAUGAUUGUCAUGGAGUUGAAAUGAUGAUGCGACAAGAUGCAACCGUUACUGCUGCCGCAAUUGAACAUGGUGCCUCUGAAGUUUCCUGGGGACGUGCGGAAAUGGAACGUCAGGAUGAAAUCGACCGCCAAUAUUUGGUACUUUUACCCCGAGAGGAUAAAAUUGAGCCACAGGAUGAACUUUGAACAUUUAGUAAUAUUGAGUGUUACUAUAACUACUACUAUUAUUACUACUACUACUGCUACUACUACUACUGCUACUAUUACUACUACAACUACUACUAUUACUCCCUAUUAUCGUUAAUAAUACCAAUAUUGAAACACCUACUACGACGAAUAAUACUAUCGGUUGAUAAAUGCCUUAUAUGGAAACAAACACACACACACACUCGUUACAGUGAUGGCUUCAAAGCAACAAUGAAACGAAAUUUCAGAGCUAGUUUUGUAAAGCGACUCGUUUAUAGAGCUAGAAUGUUUUUAUAUUUGGAGAAAGACAACAUACAAUUGCUAGUAAACAGGCAAUACUUACGCGCAUUAACAUUAUUCUAAAAUGAUAAAUAGAAAUAAGAAUGGAAAAUACUAUAAAGAUUUGUACGUUGAUUCUUUUUUAGGAUUUUUUUUUAUUUUUAAGAAAUGGAUUAGGGACAAUAAUUAUAAAUAAAUUACUAUGAAAAAGGAAACAUACAUUACCAACUUAGGGCGUUCUUAGUAGAGGGUUUAAAUAAAAAAAAAUCUCAGUUCACUUCUGUCACGGCAAAAACUAUUAACGAACAUAAAAAACAAACAAAAAGUUACUCCUGUUACAGUAGCGAUACUAAAUCGAAUAUUUCUAAAAUAGAAUUAUACAUAAGAAUUUAUAUUGGAAACAAUAACUGGCCUUAAACAUAUUUAUUAUAUUUACACCAAAUAACAUUUAACUAUUUAAUAAACUGUAAAAGAUGCGGUGCAAAUUUUUUGUGAGUAAAUGCUCCCAAAUACUCAGCAGUGUGCGAUGCAGGACAUGUUGGUGAAGGGACAUUUGUAAACUUGAAAGUAUCAAUUUUAUUGAUAUAAUACCAGCUAAUACAAUUUGAAUGGUAAUUUAUUUCGAACGUCACAUGAGUUUAUGUAAAUGUGGAUAAUUUUUAAUUAUCAAUAAGAUCGAUAUCUAGACAGUUGCAAGAAAAAAAGCAAACAAAAACAAUCUUGUUUCUGUAAUAAUUCUAGUUCUGCUCUAUACGAAUCCUUUUGAAAGAUGGAAACACAGACAUCCUGAUGUAAGCAAAGAAUUCUGUUCAAAAGUUACAGGCGAGACACGGCAAUAAGCUAUUGAAUGAUCUUUCUAGUAAUAAUUCCAAUAUAUGUUAUUUUUAUUACAAAUAGAAAAACUAGUUGAAAGUAAUAUAAAUUAAAUGCUUUAGUUCUCAUCAAUUGUAAGGGAAGGUGGGGCAGAAUGGUAUGCUAUAAACAAAAUCUGAAUUUAUUGAGCCACGAAUGAUGAAGAUUAUUUGGCUACAGUAAUAAUUAUAGAUUGCUUUUAACACAGGUCAUUUUCUUGGCUGCUCAAUGAUACUUCUUCCGCAUUACAGUUCUCAAAUUAGAAUGAACACUUGCCACAUAUUUAAUAGAUUUUGUAUAUUUGCUUUUACAUUUCCCACUUUGUAUUGUAUAGAAAAACAACCACCAGAAAAAUAAUUUCACCCCAUUUAUCCAUUAGUUUUCGCAAAGAAUUUAUCCCAGCAUGUUCCACAAAUUUUUAUUUGGAAUAUAGCGGGAAACAGUUUUUAAUAAAUUGCCAGUUUUCAUGGUGGAAGCUCCAUUUUGCGAAAAAAUCGUUUUGCCUCACCAUGUACCACACACCCAUUAGUUUUGUGACACGUAUGUAACGCAACCGUAGUCAUAGGGUCUUAUUACAGAAGUCGACAAGACGACUCGACCAUCUGCUCGUCGAAGAGUCUGUAAUUAGGCCCAUAGGAUAACCAUCGCCAAAAUUAAGUAGUAUGUUAUCGAAAAUGUAGUGAUAUUUAGAGAUUAUUGAUAUACAUUUUGAUAUAUACCAAUGACAGGCUAUCACCAAUGAUAGAAACUAAUACGCCUUCCAAUAUUCUAUAAGCAGCUAAAGUUUUUUGAUAGAACAUAGAUUAUUAUUCAUAAUUCUUCAGCAGUAGUUUUGGAUAGUGUUGAACGUGAGGAUUACUCAUUAAACAUUUUAUAAAUAAUAUGCGAACAAUUCGAAUAUACAACGAUAACAUACGCCAGUCAUUUUAUAAUUUUGUUGAAUAAAUUAGACAAUAUAGGUUCUAUAGAAAAUCUCCUAAAAAAACUUAUAUUUAAACUCAGUAACUUACUGAACAACUUCUAUGAAAAGGAUCUUUAAGUAUUGUAAUGUACAAACUGUAAUUGGCCAAAGUAAUCUUAAUUUAAAAUGAUCGAAGAAUCAACAGUGACGUAAUGAUAUGUAACACAAAAGUCAUAUUGUAGAAAUAUGUCGAAAAUUUGUAUAUGUAAUAUUUAGUUCAGUUGUAGCAAUGACGCGGUUACUAGUGUACAAUAUAAUUAAAACACAUGUCACUUUUACGUGAUGUGGCACUGUGA